AUGUCGCUCACCCACUUCCUCUACGAGCCCUUCUACUCCCUCUCCGACUUCGACAGCCUCUUCGACCAGGCGUUUGAUGCACGUCAGUCGACAGGCCGCGGUCAGCAAGGGCAGCUUGCUCGCCAGGGAUCUUCGUCCCUGAGCUCAUUGCGCCCCAAGAUGGACGUACACGAAGACAAGGAGAAGAACCUUGUAACCGCCACAUUCGAACUGCCCGGCCUCAAGAAGGAGGACGUGCAGAUCGACGUGCACAACAACGUCCUGACCGUCUCGGGCGAGACCAAGAUCGACGAGACGAAGGAGAAGGAUGGCUACGCUGUGCGCGAACGCCGCUUUGGCAAGUUCUCGCGGUCAAUACCUGUGCCGCAGGGUAUCAAGGAGGAGGAGAUCAAGGCAUCGCUUGAGAACGGCGUGCUGAACGUCUCCUUCCCCCGCUCAGGUCCUGAGGCGCAGCCCAAGAAGAUCACUGUCGCGUAG